AUGUCGCGAGAAUUAAUGGUAACGAGUAGCGGUGAUACUGUUGGAAACACUCCGUUGGUUUUGCUCAAUUCGAUAACGAAAGAUCUAGAUGCAAAAAUUGCCGUAAAAAUCGAAUACUUGAAUCCGUCAUGCUCGGUAAAAGACCGAAUUGCCAAAUCGAUGGUUCUCGCAGCGGAAAAAGAAGGGAAAAUAACGCCCGGAAAAACAGUUCUCAUCGAGGGAACCAGUGGAAAUCUAGGAAUUGCUUUAGCACAUAUUGCUAAAAUUCGAGGGUAUAAGGCAAUUCUUGUAAUGCCAGCCACAAUGAGUGUCGAGCGGAGAGCAAUGCUCAAAGCAUAUGGAGCAGAAGUGAUUCUCACUGAUCCAAAGGAUGGACAUCCUGGAGUUUUGAAAAGAAUUGAGGAAAUGAUGGCAGUAUUCCCAAAUUUGUAUAAUUUGGAUCAGUUUUCAAAUCCGGCUAAUCCACUUGCUCAUUAUCAAACAACUGGACCAGAAAUUUGGAAUCAAACUGAAGGAAAAGUUGAUAUUGUUAGUUUUGGAGUAGGCUCUGCUGGCACGGUCAUGGGAGUUGGUCGCUAUCUUCGCGAGAAGAAACCUGGAAUUAAAGUCUACGCCGUUGAACCAUUCGAGUCCUCUGUUAUCAGCGGAUUCCCACGUGGACCACACAAAAUUCAAGGAAUUGGUGCUGGUGUGAUUCCGGGCAAUUUUGAUAAAAAUAUGGUCGACGAAGUUAUUCGUGUGAAAUCGGAUGAUGCAAUUGCAAUGACGAAAAGACUUGGAAAAGAAGAGGCCAUUCUUGGAGGAAUCUCUUCUGGAGCAAACGUCGUUGCUGCUAUUGAACUCGCCAAACGUCCGGAAAAUAAAGGAAAAUUGAUUGUAACAACGAUUAAUAGCUUUGCUGAAAGAUAUUUUUCAACUGAGCUAUAUUCUGAUAUUCUUAAAGCUUCGAAUGCAAUGCAAAUUUCGAAUUUGGAAGACUCAAUCGAAAUCGCAAAAAAAUACUUGCAAUAA